AAAGCAUUUCCCGCUGCUAAGAAUUUAGUGAGGCCAGCAGACUCUGCAAUUGGAGUUGGCCACAUCUCAACAACUAAAGGCAUGCAGGGAGCAGCUUCUUACAAGAGAAGCGGAAAUCGCGGAGCUGAAAGCCGAAAGGAACAACACCAGGCUGCUGCUGGAACACCUGGAGGUCCUGGUUUCCCGGUAUGUGCCGUCCCUCGGGAUGACGGCGGGCCCGCAGCAGGCGCAGUCCCCAGCCAGCAUGACCAGCGAGGUGGAGCUGCUCAGGGCGCUGAGAUUGCACUUUGAGCAGCACAAGGCCCUGGACGAGAAGUUGAGAGAGCAACUGCAACAUGCUCUCGAAAGGUGUAGUUCCUUAGAAGAGGAAUUAAGGACCGCACACAAACAGGUGCAGAGCCAGAGGGAGCAGGACUGGGAGUCCACGCAGCCGGCCCGCGUGGUGGACACCGUGGCCCAGGCCUUCGAGAGUGACGAGGAUGUGUCUGACAGCGAGGGCGACGGGGUCACCCUCCUCAGCUCGGCCGGUCAGCUGCUGCCCAGUGUGCAGGCCGAUGCCGACACUCUGCCUGUGAUGUAUCAGGAGCCCAGGGGGCGCUCCCCGCCCCGAAGGAGGCGGCACAGUCCGGAGCUCCAGGGAGACCGGCUGGGCGUCCUGACUCCGAGCCGCCCUUGCGGUGCGAGGGGCUAUCCCCCAGAACAGCCCGAGUGCCUGUGGCCCUAG